GUUUCUGUGUGGGGGCGUUCAGCAGCACAGCAGCGUCGCGUCUACCCACAGCUCCAGGAAUGGACUGACUUUCUAGCUUCACCACCACUGACAAACCCACUCUGUUUCUUCACGACUCCUCGGAUAAACGUUCAGAGUUUAACUCAAGCCUGGGAUCAUUUUUAAUUUGACGUCGAUUAGCCGUCUGAGCGACAGCACAGGUUGUCUUUUCACUCGCGCGACUUAUUUGUAGCCGCUGGACGAAACUGGAUUGAACUUAAACGAACCCGCAGACAUUUUGUUAUUUCUGAGAAUUAUAGCGUUUUUUUUUUCUCUCUCUCUCUCUCUCUUACUUUUUCAUCAGUCGCAGCUGGUCGAAGCGAGCGAACUGAAAGCUUUAAAGGACCGCCACAAGGCGAAGGAAGAAACCAUUACCCUCUCUGCUCGCCCACUAAAUCCAGACACCUCUGUGUUCAUAUCGUUUUUUAAUUUACCACGCGUUAAAGGCGGAAGGCUCGCAACUGCGAUGGAUCAUUUUGACUGACAGCUUCUGAAGAAUUAGCUAGCUUAGCCAGUGAGGAACCAGCGCUGGUGGUGGUUUCCUGUUUACAGACGCAGUAAAUACGGGCUCGGGACAGGUAACCGUUACAGCUGAAUGGUCUUGCAUCACCCAGACAAGACAGCGACUGUUUUACCUCGCGAACGACGGCAAAGUGCAUCACUUAUAUUCGGCUUAAUUUUGGAGUGGGGGUUGCUGGCUACCGUUAGCUAGCUAGUCAUCCUGCUACCGCUGGACAGCUCCUGUGUACGGCAGGGCUAACGUUAGCUUUGGACAAAGGACCAACGCAAGGAAAAAUAUAAACACAGGGCACUCAGUCGAUCGUGUUUGGGAAGGAAAGCAACAAACAAGGAAUUGACAUGAUGUUUCCACAAUCAAGACACUCAGCUUCAUCACAGCAGCUGAAAUUCACAACCUCGGACUCCUGUGACAGGAUCAAGGAUGAGUUCCAGUUCCUCCAAGCACAAUACCACAGUUUGAAGCUUGAGUGUGACAAGUUGGCCAGUGAGAAGUCAGAGAUGCAGCGCCAUUAUAUCAUGUAUUAUGAGAUGUCCUACGGGCUCAAUAUUGAGAUGCACAAACAGGCUGAGAUAGUGAAGAGAUUGAACGGGAUCUGCGCACAAGUCCUCCCCUACCUGUCUCAGGAGCACCAGCAGCAGGUCCUGGCAGCCAUAGAGAGAGCCAAGCAGGUCACCCCCCCAGAGAUGAACUCCAUCAUAAGGCAGCAGCUCCAGGCUCACCAGCUGUCUCAGCUCCAGGGCCUGGCCCUGCCCAUGACCCCCCUGCCGCUGGGCCUGAGCCAGCCAACCCUCCCCGCCGUCACCACCUCCUCCGGCCUCUUCUCCCUCUCCUCCCUGCUGGCCUCCCAGGCCCAGCUGGCCAAGGAGGAGAAAGCUUCGCGUGACGGAGUUGACAGCCACCGCGAGGAGGACGGAGACAAGUCUGAUUAGAUGGUGUCCCCAUUCAGCUCUGUUUUUGUCCAGAGACCUGAAUCCCCAGAUCUGAGCCCCCUUGGUCUACAGCCUCUCCCCUGGUCUCCCUCUCUAUGACCUUAGCAACAUGGGCUUCGAUCCCAUCACCACAGCUCCAGCUACAGGCCCCUAGCCAACUCUGGCACCCGCCCCUUAUGUCAGACUAGUCCUGAUCGCUUCAUAUUUACCAUCCUUGGGUUGUUUGUUUAUUCUCCCUUCUCUUAUCACCAUCACAGUGUCUCCUGUGUCUUUUCUCCAAAUACAGUCUUUUUUUUUGUAUGUGAUUAAGCUUCAGUUAUUUUGUUUCAUUUUUUACACUUUCUUACUGCUUUCUAUUUCUGUUCCUUCCUGCCUUCCUGUCGCUCUGUCUGUCAGUUCUUAUUCCUGUUUUUUUUUUUUUCCCUCAAUGCCUCUCUUCCUCCCACUCUGACCCACCUCUUGCCUCUGUUCUACAGUAAGCGUGUCCUUGUUAUGCAGGACUGAUCCUGAGACUCAACGCACUGUACUGUAGGUGUUAAAACAAGCUAAAUGUUAAACACAGGGAUUCUUUGGCAAGCUUUAAUACUUGUCAGACACAACACAGGAUUCCUACAAGCUUCAUUUUCCCAAGAAAGAGAAGUGUGGAGAGUGGCAGAGAUCAGUAGUGGUGAUCGUUUUGGCAGUACAGAUUGCAUGCAUUCAUUCCAAGCUACAAGUUGGUUUUGAGUUUAAACGGUGGAUUGCUAUGGAUCAGAGAAGUGUUUAAAUAGUGCCCCGACUAAAGAGCGGAACAUCCCAACGACACGUCCUAACCAUAAACCAGCAGACGUGUUGUAUUGAGAAGAAAAUUUUAGAGAUUUGUGUAUACUCCUAAAUUUAUACUGAGAAAGGAAAAGCACCUUCUUAGAGCAAACUUCUUGCUGAGAGCUGUCAGAUUAGAGAACAAACACACCUAACUAAGUAAUCUCCUCCUCUCCCCCCCCUUCCCUCCCUCCCCCCUCCCCGUUUUGCAAUCCUUGCCUGACCCUGUGAGUUACGCUACAUAAAUCCACCCAGCACCUUAACUGAAAGGCACCAUUUUCUUCAGUAGUUAAAUAAACAGAGAUGUCGCUUGCCCCCCCACCACCUUUUGCAUCUUUAAUGUGCACUAAUAUUAGAGCAGGCACCGAGUGGGGAGAGUGUGCAUGUUGUGUGUUUGACAGCAGAGGGCAGUGUGUAUCUUCCAGAGCAAACAAGGACAGGACAAGUACAGGCUGUGUCACAAGAGGGAAUGGCUUAUUUAUCCACUCUGUGUGUACAAACUUAAUAUACAGAGACUAGACUGGUGACAUUAAUCUCUGCAUGCAGUCAGUCCCAGUCUCUGUCAGGAUCCAGGUCUUGAGAACCAUCUCAUCUCAGCGUGACACAGAAACACAACUGGACCCGUGCUUUUGAUCCUCUGAUUCUCUGUAAAUCCUGAUUUAAAUACUGUACAUUUUGAUUCACUGUACAUAUCCAGGCCUGUCACAUAUCCGACUCCCACUACAUUACGCAGGCGCUUUAACACCUACGUGCAACGCUUAGUGGGAAGUCUCCACGACCUAACAAAAUGAUAUCGGUGCAGAUCACACGGAUGAAGCGCAAGCGUUCUCCACAGCAGCUCCGAUGAGUAAAAAAAACUCCCCCGCAGCUUCACAGGCCCUGUUUUCAAUUAGCUUGUCUCAUUAGGCCUCUCGUCAGGUGGAAGUUGGCUGGAACUAUGCUGGGAAUAAUGGGAUGUCGCCACACUCUGACUGCGUUUUGAAAUCUCAGUGUCAGAAUUUUAAUAGCUCCCUCAAAAAUUCCCCGGUGGCCCAGUGGUUAACACCCGUAUCAAAUAAUCACUACAUCCCCAGUUUGAUUCUGGAAGUCUGUGCGACACAACAAAAACACAAUAUAGUCCAUUUCAUUUGGGUUUAAUUACUUAACACUGAACGUGAGGCAUCCAUGUUCACAAGUCAGAUAUGUUAAAAACUUUCAGAAAAAUUCUCCUCAGUCCUACUUACAACAACACUUAACACUAUUUACAGGUUGUAAACUGUAAGCCCAAUAUGACACGAACGCGCCAUAACCAGAACAGUGAAACCACUAGCAGUUUGAGGCAGAUCCUAUGUGUAAACACCUUUUUGUGGCUGGACUAUGGACGUGUAGAGGCUUUGACGGGUCUAGUAGCAGCUUAUUUAUACAAGAUGAGAUGAAAUUGAACAUUGACCCCCUCUUUAGCGGCAAACCUACGUUUCUAGGAGAGGUUAGCCUCAUUGGUGAUCAGACCCACCUGACCGUGGCGCUGUCGAUCCACACCGUUAUUUUUUUAUUUUUAUUUUUAUUUUUUGGUGCCGGCCUGUGUUUGUGCGAGUGUUAAUUUGAAGACAGCGCGUCCAUGAAGUUGUUUGAUACCAAACCCACAGACACAGAGAGACACAGAACACACACACAUGCCUUUUCUUAACCUCCUCUCUCUGAUUUAACGGCUACACUGUAAGAAUCAAUUGAUGUGAAAUAAACAAUACUUUGAUUUGGAAAAACACCACUCAAAACGGUAUUUGGCAUGAUGAUGAUGAUGAUAAAGCACAUUGUAUUGUGGAAGUCAUUCAGAAAGCAAAAGUAUACAAAUUGCACGUUAUGGCAUUCAGAAUAAAACCCUUAAUGUGUUUAAAAGUUCAGAUGACCUACUGUCUGUGACAUUGGUGGGUAACUCCUUCGAUGAUGCCCGUUGUUGUGUAUGUGCGUGAACACAAACGAGGUGUGUAUAAACAGUUGUACAGGCUGUACAUGUUCUUACUACAACUAAAGCUAACAUGCUAUUCUGCUUGUGAAUUAAGCUGGCAGCACAUCGUCCUCCCACACGCUGUAUGUGUCUGGCUGCAUACUAUACUCGUCGUAGUGAUUGGCAGAGCGUGUAGACAAAGCGACACACACACACACACACACAAACGCACACAUCAAUGCAUGUUUGCGGGGAACCCGAGAUUGAUUUCUUUGUAGUGGAGACAUUUUUUCAAAAGAAUGUUUGGUCCAAACUUUGUGAUCAAUGCACUUGUUUUUUUUGUUGUUUUUUUUACCCUCUUCUCUGUUUUUAAAUAUUAAUCGAUAUGAACUAGAACGAGAGUUACAAAGCUGACGUUAUAAACAUACAAAUGAAAUUCUAUGUAUUUGUUAAAUGUAGUUGGAGGCGCUCGCCUCUGUAUACAGUUAUACAUAGAAAGCUUUAUGUGUAUAUAGCUGCAUCUUUUCUUGUCUGUCCUGGAUGAUUUUUGUGCUAUUGUGUUACAAAACUGAUGUGACACCAGGGGGGAAACUGCAGUACGUUGACCUUUUGCCCUUUAACCCCUCCCUUCUUUUCUGCCCUCCCCCCCCCACCCCCCUUCCCCUUCACUCCCACGCCACAUCCCACCUUCCCAACUUUUUGCCCCCAUAGCGUGAAGCAUUGUAAGCGUUUUGAGCUUUGUAAAGGUCUUUUUUUAAAUACUUAUUUUGUGCAUAAUGUAAAACCUAAAAGUGUGUACUUUGGCAAAAAAAAAAAAAAUGUUUUGUGUCUGAAAUCAUAGCUUCAUUGAAACAAAAAAAGGAACUAUAAAAAAGUAAAACAAACAUUUACUAUAAAUAAUAUGAAAUGUUCUGCAGUAAGGAAGGACUUCUGGUGCCUUACAAAUAAAGUCAAUCAAAUCAUAA